AUGGAUGCUGCUUUAGCAGCAGCUAUUUGCGGUGGCGUCAUGGAUGCACAUUCGAUGGGCGUUGGUAGUGGAUGUAGAGAAAAAGCACCAUUAGCUGCUAAUUUAACAAUGUUUGUUGACCGAGACAAUAUGUCGGUAGCUGGAGGAUUAGCCAUUGGUGUAUCAGGUGAAUUGCGAACUUAUGAAAAAGCUUAUAAACUAUUUGGUGGAGGUGUAACAUGGAAAGAACUAUUUGAACCCACGAUUCAAUUAUGCCGAGAAGGUUUCCGUAUUAGUGAAUCCCAAUGUGCAGUUAUUUAA